AUAAGUUUUUAAAAAUGAAUGCGUGGCCUGGUGAAGGUGGGGAUAUUAUGGGACCCCAUGUUACCAGAACGGGAAGCGCUAAGACCACAACACCUCCUCUGAAGAAUGGGAGCGAUCUUCGGGAGUCAGGGUACCUGAUCGCCGUUGGCUCCAGAACUGCCAGGUUCAGAAGAAAACACCAAAGCAAGAUGCUCUUGAUUAUGCUGUUAGUGCUUCUACUGCUCUUACUCUGUAUAGCCAUAGUGAUGACUGUUCUUUAUAUCAAACAAAAGCGGCACAGGCCGCACCGAGUUUGCGAGACCAAGGAGUGCCUGCGUUCUGCCGCCAACCUUGCCCUGUCUAUGGACACCUCUGCAGACCCUUGCGAUGACUUUUACAAGUACGUGUGCGGUAACUGGGCAGUAGAUCACCCUCGUCCAGACGCUUAUCGCUCCUAUGAUUGGUUCAGAGACAAGCAAACCAAGGUCUACACUGUAGUUAGGGACUUCUUGAGUGGAAACGGCUCUGGACCAAGGCCAGUGCAACAGGCGAAGGAUAUGUAUGCUGCUUGUAUGAAUACAGAAACCCUGGACAAACUCGGCCUAAAACCCGUCAUAAAAGUGCUCGAAUCGCUGAACCUCCCAUCUUAUCCCACCUUCGUAAACAUCACCGAAGACUUCGACUACUCCUCGUACAACUUCGACUGGCUAGAAACGGUGAUUCAGGUUAAAGUGAAGCUGGGCAUGGAUGUGUUGAUCGGGUUCGAUAUCUUCACUGAUCCGAGGAAUUCUUCCGUUUAUAGGCUGGUGAUGGGAUCGCCGGAGACUACUAAUCCCUUUCCUAGUGUACACAACGAAAGGAAACGCCACGCUGGUAAGAAAAGCCAAAGACUUGGUAUUCCAUCAAAUCCUAAAAAGCCAGAUGACUUCAUUCUAUUCAACAACGAAAACUACUUCGAAAGUAUGGAAAAGUCGAGUGACGAGAACAAACAUGCACAUAUAUACAAACUAUUUUAUGCAGAACUUAUAAAACUGUUUGUUUUGGAAUCUGGUGGUCGUGAUGUUUCCAAACUUAGCGAAACUGAACUUGAUCAGAACAUAUUUUUGACCGCAGAUGAAUAUUGGUCUAUCAACAAUGACCUAUACGAGUUAGAAUCGGAUAACAGUACAAUUUCCGAUGAAGAAUUAUUCUCAAAUAUACCAGAAUUCACAGUAGAUGAAAUCCAAGCACACACAGAUGCUGUUGUAGAAAGCAACAAUGCAACAGCUUCUCCUAUCUGGAAGCGGUACUUGGAAGGAGUAUUCAAUAUCAGCAACGUUGAGCUAGAUUAUCAAAAUGACAAGAUUUUGGUGUCUGAUGCUGAUUUGAAAUAUAUGUCUCUGAUGUCGGCGUUGGUUGCUAGGACGCCACCGGUUGUUUUGGAGUUGUAUAUUUGGAUCAAGGUAAUGGAAGUAAUGUCCGUCCACACAACGUCGGAAGUCCGCACGCUGUUCCAACGCUCAUACGACGCCAUGCACCCGCACCGCGGGGCCCCGUCGCCGCGCAGCCUCAUGUGCGCAAGCGCAGUCAAUGACCUUAUGGGCAUGGCUGUAUCUUACGCCAUUGCUGACCCUAGCUUUUAUAACGUUACCAAACCCAAGAUUAAAACCAUGCUCCACGAAAUGAAAAACGCACUGUCCCACCUAGUGGGGCAAGCUAAAUGGAUGGAUGAUGAUACAAAGCUAGCAACGUACCAGAAGAUCAUCCAAAUGAAAUCACUCAUAGGAUUUCCAGACUGGCUACUAGACGAAGGGAAACUAGAACAGUAUUACGAAGGAGUAGAAGUAAAUGUGGACACACAUUUAGAUAACAUGAUAAAUAUAAUACAAGUCAAAAUUAAGAAGGCUCUAAACAAGUUUAGGAAUGGAAAUAACUUUACGUGGGCCACAGAUCCUACUGAAGUUAAUGCGUAUCAUACUUUUCAAGAAAACACUAUAACUAUACCUCUUGUAAUGUUGCAAUAUCCAUUCUUUGAUUUGGGACUAGACUCCCUCAACUACGGGUCUCUCGGUACCGUGUUGGGUCACGAGAUAACUCAUGGAUUUGACAACUUUGGCCGUCAGUUUGACAAGAACGGCAACCUGCUCCCCUGGUGGUCCAACAGCACCGUACACGAGUUCAUCAACAUGACGCAGUGCUUCAUCGACCAAUACAAUGACUACUACAUCCCUGAGCUAGAUGAACAUGUAGACGGCAAGAAGACCCUAGGAGAGAACAUAGCCGACAACGGAGGCCUACGGGAAGCCUUCGCAGCCCUGAGAGAACAUUUACAUAAGCACGGCCCUGAACCAAAGCUUCCUGGCUUCGAGCAUAUGAGCUCGGAACAACUAUUCUUCUUGUCUUAUGGAAAUCUAUGGUGCGGAGUAUCAACCAAAGAGUCCCUACAAGACGAACUGUCGGACGAACAUUCGCCGCAAACAGUGCGCGCGCGCGGCGCCCUACAAAACAGCGCGGACUUCGCUCGAGCCUGGCGUUGCAAGCGUGGCAGUCCCAUGAACCCUGCUACAAGAUGUAUCAUAUUCUAACCCUGCAUGGUAUCAUAUAGGUUUCAAUUUUAACUAUAAAACUCCCGUGAGACACAGACAUAUUUAAAAAUAUUUUAAGCGGGUUACUCACGUAUCGUCCAUGUCGAUAUAACGUUCGACAUGUUUCGAUUAAUUUCCGAGGAUCUUUUUCAAGAGUAGCGACUGGCCCGCCUUUACGGGUAAAAAGUUUUUUUUAGGUUUUAUUUUCGGUUUUGUUACCUAGUUUUUUUUUUUCUAUUUUAAUUGGAAUCUUACCAAUUAGUAGUGAAAAGGUAAUUAUUUAAGUAUAGUAAAUAUGUACUUAACUAUAAAAAAAGUCAACAUAGAGAAAUUGUAUGUUCUUGUACUUCUUACCAAAGAUAGUUUUAAUAGAUGUGUUUCUUAUGCGGUAAUAAAUUUUUAAACAUAGCAAAUUGGACUACAUUUUAUAAGCUUGAUAUUAAAGUUAA